UGUGGAGACCGAGUGAGAAAUGGACGUAUAUGGGAGGAGGAGAGUGCAGUCAGGGACGAGUAUAGAUGCAUUGAUUAUUUAUCUACGACACAGUGUACCCAUUGGCUCUUCAAAUACACUCUAUCUAUACUACACAAUACUCGAUGAGGAGCGAGAUUAUGAAUAUACUUGUAUAUAAAAAUGGAGUGGGGUGACUAAAAUAAAUAGGAGCUGCGCGCGAUAACGGGUGUCACAUCUCCGGCGUUUACCAAAGGAGACAAGAUGCUGCGCACCAUCUUUUUCGUCGCCCUUGUGGCUCUCGCCACGGCCAAGAAGGUCACCUUCGAGGACUACAAAGUUUUCCGAGUCAUUCCCUCUUCGGAAGAACAGUUGGACCUUCUGAAGCACUUGGAAGGACUCAAUGAGGGCUUCUCCUUCUGGGCCGAGCCAAGCCGCGUGUUUCAGCCCGCGGACGUGAUGGUCGCCCCGAGCCAGCUGGACGAGUUCACCAAGCUGAUGGACGCCUCCGACAUCCUCUACGAGACCUACGUCCAGGACGUGCAGAACCUAAUCGACAACGAGAACCCCAAGACUCGUUCCGGCAGCUUCGGCUGGACACAGUACCACACCCUCGAGGAGAUCUACGACUGGCUCGAGUCUCUCGCCAAGCAGUACCCCGGCAAGGUCGAGGUGGUGAACGCCGGCAAGACGAGCCAGGGCCGCGUGAUCAAGGGCGUGAAGCUGAGCUUCGGAGCGAACAAGCCCGGAGUCUUCAUCGAGGGUGGAAUCCACGCCCGCGAGUGGAUCUCCCCGGCGACGGUGACCUACCUGCUCAACCAGUUCCUCACCAGCAAGGACCUCAGGGUGCGCAAGCUCGCCGAGGCUCACGACUGGUACAUCUUCCCCAACUUCAACCCCGACGGCUACGCUCACACCCACAAUGCGAACCGCAUGUGGCGUAAAACUCUGUCCAAGAACCCGGGCUCAUCCUGCCUCGGAGCCGACGCCAACCGCAACUGGGACUUCCAGUGGAUGAGCGGUGGCGCCAGCCAGAAUCCCUGCGCCGAAACUUACGCCGGAGCCGGAGCCUUCUCCGAGCCCGAGACCAAGUCCAUGGCGGCUUACAUCAAGUCGCUCAGCGGAAAGCUCUUCGCUUACAUCUCCUUCCACAGCUACUCGCAGCUGCUUCUCUUCCCCUACGGACACACCACUAAGCACCUCGACAACCACGACGAAUCCAAAGCCAUGGGUCUCAAGGCCAUCAACGCCCUGUCCGAGAGGUACGGAACCAAGUACGUCACCGGAAACAUCGCCGAGACUAUCUACAUCGCCAGUGGCAGCUCCAUGGACUGGGUAAAGGCCAACCUCAAGGUGCCAGUCUCCUUCACCUACGAGCUCCGCGACACCGGACGCCACGGCUUCAUCCUCCCAGCCGACCAGAUCGUUCCCAACGGCGAGGAGAUCCUCGACUCCUUCUUGGCCAUGUUCGACGAGGCCCUCAAGUUCGGCUACCCGAAGAAGCAGUAAUUUUUUCAAUAAAUCGACUCGAAUUUUUUUCCUCGACGAGCAUAA